AGGUCUGCAGGGAGGGUGUGUGGCUCUUUCGCCGGAUAGCCCGGGUCGCUCUACACAGGCAGAGUGUCUUCUCCAGGCAGCAGGGUGCAUGACACGCAUGAGGAAGCUUGCUUUAGAGUCGCCCUGGAUUAUGCCAGAAAACACCACCCUGCCCACCACCCCGGACCUCACUGGGGAGCUCUGCAAUGCAUCCUUUGACGACAGCAAGGUGACACUGCUGGUGGUGUACAGCGUGGUAUGCGUGCUAGGGCUGCCGGCCAACUGCCUGACGGCUUGGCUGACGCUGCUGCAGGCCAUACAGGGCAACGUGCUGGCCGUCUACCUGUUCUGCCUGGCGCUCUGCGAGCUGCUGUACAUCAGCACGCUGCCGCUCUGGGUCAUCUACAUCCGGGACCAGCACCACUGGACUCUGGGCCCACGUGCCUGCAAGGCGACUGCCUACAUCUUCUUCUGCAACAUCUACAUCAGCAUCCUCCUGCUCUGCUGCAUCUCCUGUGACCGCUUCACAGCAGUGGUGUAUGCGCUGGAGAGCCGCGGCCACCGUCGCCAGAAGACCGCUGUGCUAAUCUCCGUGAGCAUCUUUGUCCUGGUUGGGCUCCUGUGUUACCCAGUGUUCCACAUGGAGAACGUGAAGGGGACCUGCUUUGAGCCCCUGCGGAUGAAUGCCAGCAUCGCCGGCUUCCACUACGCACGAUUUGCCGUGGGCUUUGCACUCCCUCUCUGCAUCAUCUCGUUCACCAACCACCGCAUCUUCCGUAGCAUUGCGCUGAGUGGGGGCCUGACUGCGGCCCAGAAGGCCAAGGUGAAGCACUCAGCCAUUGCAGUUGUCAUCAUCUUCCUGGUUUGCUUCGCCCCCUACCACGUAGUGCUCCUGGUCAAAGCGGCUGCCUUCUCCUACUACAGGGGGGACAGGGACGCCGUGUGCGCUUUUGAAGCCCGAGUGUACACUGCCUCUGUGGUAUUUCUGUGCCUGUCCACGGUCAAUAGUGUGGCUGACCCCAUCAUUUAUGUGCUGGCCACAGACCAUUCCCGGCAAGAAGUUGCCAGAAUCCACAAGGGCUGGAAAAAGUGGUCCACGAAGACAGAAGACACCAGGCUCACACAGUGGAAGGACUCUGAGGAGACACGCUCGCCCACGCCUCUCACCCACAACUGUGCAUUCCCACACACCUGGCAAUGUCCUGGGGCCAUAGCCGUCUGAGUGGGGCUCGGGGUGCACCCUGGAAAUCCCACCUGAGGAGUUCUGACAAACAGGGACCUCUCUGUCUGCCUCAUGUCCUUGCGGCUCCCUUGGCCACCAGCCAGCAGCAGGCCACAGCAGAGUGUGGUUGAUGACUACAUUUUCUGUGCUUUUCUGCGGGAGUUUCUGGGUGAUUGGUGUGGUGUGUCCUGGGGUUUUCAGGGUUCUACCUCAGAAGGACAUGAAGGUCACGGGCACCGUCCCAAUGCCUGGGCACUGUGGCACCACCAGGAGCUAUAGGGAGGAAGAGAUGUGGAGUCAGCUGCUUGAACCCCUGCAGGGUGACUGCCUUUCUUUAUUAGCCUGAGGUGCUGGUCACCCCAGGAGGGUGUGACAGGCCAUGGGCAGCCCAGAGGUAGGGGAGUGAAGAGCCAUGCCAACAUCUGCUUCACUGCUACGGGGUCCUGGGGCUGGGUCUCCAGACAGACAGCGCAACUCAGGAGCAAGCAGGUGACUUCCCAUUCAGCCCCAGUCCUCACCAACGUUGGAACAAGAGGGAGACCUCAUGGCUCAGAGUCAGAUCCCAGCCCAGUCCCUGUGAGCCUUGUCUAGGCCAGGUCCCUUGCUGCCUCUAUCUACCCAUCUGGAAAAUGGGUCCAAUGACACCUACUUCACCAGCUCCAUCACCUGUCCAGCCAUGCCCAGAGUAAGUCAAGCUCUCAGGUAUAUAAGGCAGCUGUGGUUUGCUGCUCCAUCAUCCUGAGAGAUAGCAAAAGAUACACUGGGAAAGUAUGUUCAGAGAUUAAAAACACAAGAGUGUGAGUGUGACCCAGCCUCCUUUACAGCUUAGUGCUGCAGGCCUGGCUUUACAGGUAGAUGAUGGUUUCCUGGGGCCCUGGGGCCACAGCUGAGAGAGGAGUGGGAGCUGUGGGUCUCACAGGGCCAGGAAGAGUGGCAGCCCAUCAGGGUCAGGAACCAUUCUGGACUGUGGGGCUGGGGAGAGCAAGAGGAGGGCCAGGGAUCUCCUGUUUCACAGGGUGGACAUCCUGGAGCUCCGUGACUAAUGUCACAGACUGGUAAUUGGUUACAGAAUUGUUCCCCUCCUCCCCAACAUUCUUGUAGCCUAAAGCCCCAGAUGGCAGUGGGCAGGGUCAGCCCUGGGGCUCAAGACAGGGUCCUUCCACCUCUCCCUGCUCAGGGCAUCAAGCACUCUGGCUGAGGACACUGACAUCACUGGGCCUCAUAUAGGGCCUUGCCCUUCCCAAGGCCACAUGCUGGGCCCAGUGUCCAGUACUCACAGGAGGGCCUCUGUGUGGGGUGGGGAAGGGAUACUGAUGGGCCCUUGGCAGGCAGGCAGGAGGGCUGGUGGGCAGGGCUGGAUUUCAGGGGGCCCCAGGGGGGCAGGAGCAGCUGGAGGUGGGCUCCAAAACCUCUCACUGGGUGAAACCAGGCAGACCCAGGGUUCCAAGCAUGCCCACAGUCCCAGGCUAGGAGGGUAAGGGCUGGAAGCCAUUGACCUGAGGCUGGUGCUCCCUGAAAGUCUGGGCCCUCACAGUCCUGGGCCAGCACUGGGUCUCUUCCUUCUCCUGGGUGGUGGGGACCUCAUGAUAGGGAGGUAUCCCUCUCUCAAGGAGAUCCUAUGGGUCCCCUCCCUCAGGGCCUACUCAUUCCCAUCAUAAACAAAGACCAGAAGCUACAAUGGGGGAACUAGAUUGAGAACUUCAACAUUUAUUUCAGUUAAAUUAUGAAGCACUUGUUCUUUUGAAAAAAAAAAAAAAAAGAACAGAAAAUAUUCCAGAAACUCUCUGUGCAGCUAUGAGUUGGUGGCCAGGAACCAGACAGAGCCAGGUCCCAGCCACCAAGCCCAAGGCUGCUCCCCAGCGUGUAGAAGGGACCCAGGAUGCCUGAACUCUUCCACCCUCCCAGCCCCUGGCCUAAGGGCGCCACCCUCUGUCAUCUCCAGGGAUGUCUUGGGGUGCGUGUCACAUGUGGUGACCCAGCAGAGGGUUUCUGGCUCCUCACAGAUGCUUGGUCACUGCAGGAGGAGCCCCUCACUUGGAAUAGAUUGCACUUGUUCAUGUCUGGUUGAGCGACGUGGUCCUUUUCUCCUGUGCUGGACUCUGUCUGGACCACACAGGCACUGGUUUCAGGUGUGUAACUGCAAGGAUACUCAGCAUCACAGGCCAGAAAAGUUACCAGGUGGAAGGAGGGGAGGAGGCUGCAAAGGUGGCUGUGAGGCUCAAGGAGGGUCACCUGGGGCUCCUCCCAUGGGGCCUCCAGGCUGGGGAGUGAAGAUGUGACACUGGAAAUUAGAAAAUGGGUGCUCAGGUAGACCGGGGACCUGGAUGGCACCACAGGGCAUGAGAGCCCUGUGCAGCUCACAUCCAGGAAGGAAGAUUGGUGCUCACCUGAGUGAGCAGGGUAGGGUGGGGCAGCCACUGGGAAGGACCCGGUAGGGCUCCAGCCACCUCUGUGCUGGCUGAGGGAACCUAGGCUGAGACCUCCAGGAAUGGGUGCUGCAGAGCAAGGGCCUGUCAUGGCCCAGGGUGGCUGCAUCUGUUCUGCCUUCCUGGCCACAUGUUCCUUUCCCACGGUGAGGGUUACGGUAGCUUUGUCAUCAGUCCUGACCACAAGACUUUCUCAUUUUUAUCUGACUGGGGGAAGCUCCUCCGGUUAGUAUGGAGGUUGCCCAGAGCUGGGGGUGUGGACCUUCCUCCCUUCUGUCAGCCCCUGUCCAUCCACUUGGCGUCCACUCCUGGCCCCUUCUUCCUCUUCCCCCUCCAUCUUCCUGUCUUCCC